CAUUCAACCACUGAGUCUAAUGUAGCCCAGCUUCACUGUUUACUACAGAAUUAGUGCAUAGCGGACGGCAGGCUCUCAGAUCUGUGAACUCCGAAUCAUAAACGAGACCUGUUAGUUUUGCACAAAAGAAGAAAAUUAUCCCAAACUCAACAUGCCCAAGAGAAAGGGAACUGAUGGAGAAGUUAAGGAAGAGCCCCAGAGAAGGUCUGCUAGAUUAUCUGCAAAACCAACAACCCCUAAACCUGAACCCAAACCCAAGAAAACAGCCAAGAAAGAGAAGGAAGUGAACGAUAGGAAGGAGAAAACGAAGGCAAAGACUGAAGAGUCAGAGGAGAACCAGUCAGAGAACGGAGAGACCAAGAGUGACGAGGUUGAGAAGACUCCAGAGGCGGAGCCUGAAGCAGAGAAGGAGGAGCCUAAAGCUGAGUAGCACCCCACCCAUCCAUCCAUUUUUUCUUUCCCAUCUGUCUGCUGUCCUUCCCUCUAUCCCUUUCUGUCUCCCUCCCUCCCCCCAGGUUCCAAGCCCCAAAUGGAUCCCUCUAUCCACAAUUGUCACCAGAAGAAUAUUUUUAUCAGCAAUUUUGUAAAUACUGGUUCAGGUUUUUAGCACACAAAAAAAAAAGCUAAAGAAGAGGUUUUCAGUGGUAACCUCAUCAGCUGUCUCCAACGUGAGCAGCGCCCGAUGCCGUGACUUUGGGUUGGGGGAUGUUGGGCUUUUGGUUUGUUUUAUUUUAUUUUUUUAAUGGAUGGUCUGUAUCUUGGUUUAGGAGUUUAGACACAGGACCUGGAUUAGCAGCUGGGUUUGUGCUCGUCUGUUAGGGACUAUGGUAUUAAUCUUGAGUUUUUGUUCUUCAUUUGGGGGUGUAUUUUAUUUUUCUUUAAAAAAAAAAUUGAGAGAGUAGUAAAUUCUGCAAAUAUGAAAAGAGAAGAAAAAAAUUACAUUAAACAAACUUAACAUUCCGGGUGCCUCCUACCUGUGUAAAGUGUCAUUUAGUCAUGGCAAUGUGACAAGGACAGUUGAACGGUUCGCUGGGAUUGUUUGGGGGAGGGAAUGGGAAAGUAUGUAUUUGUGGGAUUUUUUUGAAACUACAGGAUUUUAAAGAAAAAAAAUUCUAAUGUCUUUUGGGAGUUUUUUUUAAACACUGAAAAUUCAUCUGUGAAAGAGUAGCGUGCCCUGAAUCUUACUCAAUAAAGCCCUCAUUGGAGUUUUCCUCAAAAAAA